UACUUAUUAAACAAGACAAAUAAGCAAAAGAUAUCACCAUUAUCAGAAUAACAGUAACAGUAUCGGAUAUUUCCAUUAAAUAACAACGUUUAUACCUAGACAGACCAAUUAAUCAAUAAUAAAUGUUGUCUGAUUUGAGGUAGUGUCCAUAUGGAUAAAAAUGGUGUCAUAGUUAACACUUUGACUCAUAAUCAAAAAAAAUUUAUAGCAAAACAUCCAAAAAUCAAUACAGGUCCGUUUUAGCAUCUCCAUAAAUUUUUCAAUCAAUCAAUUUAAAUUUCAAUAUUCAACCCAUUCAAUUCAUUGAGAUCUAUAGUUUAAACUACAAAAUCUUACUAUAUAGUCAAUAUGGAUUUAGUCAACCACCUACCAGACAGAUUGUUGUUUGCUGUCCCAAAGAAGGGUCGUUUAUAUGAAAAAUGUUGUGAAUUAUUAAGUGGUGCUGAUAUUGAAUUCAGACGUUCAAAUAGAUUGGAUAUCGCCUUAUCCACUAAUUUACCCGUUGCUUUAAUCUUCUUACCUGCUGCUGAUAUUCCAAUUUUCGUGGGUGAAGGUAAUUGUGAUUUAGGUAUAACUGGGUUAGAUCAAAUUGAAGAAGCUAGUAUGGUUGAUAACAUAAAAGAUUUAUUAGAUUUAAACUUUGGUAAAUGUAAAUUACAAAUUCAAGUUCCAGCUGCUGGUGAUGUUACAUCUCCUGAACAAUUAAUUGGUAAAAAAAUUGUUAGUUCAUUUACAAAAUUAUCCACUGAUUAUUUUAAAGCAUUAGAAAAAAUCACCGAUACUGAAGAUUUAAAAACUCAAAUAAGAUACGUUGGAGGUUCAGUUGAAGCUUCUUGUGCUUUAGGUGUGGCUGAUGCCAUUGUUGAUUUAGUUGAAAGUGGUGAAACUAUGAAAGCUGCUGGUUUAAAACCAAUUGAAACUGUGUUAUCAACUUCAGCUCAUUUAAUCUCAUCCAAGACUCCAAAAUUCCCUGAAAUAGUUGAAAUCAUUCAUCAAAGAUUCGAAGGGAUCAUGGCUGCUCAAAAAUACGUUUUAUGUGAAUAUAAUGCUCCAAGAUCUAUAUUACCAAUUGUGUUAAAAAUUACUCCAGGUAGAAGAUCUGCUACUGUUUCAGCUUUAGAAAAAAGACCUGAUGAAACUGAAGAAUGGGUGGCUGUAUCAUCUAUGGUUGAAAGAAAAGCCAAGAGUGAUGUCAUGGAUCAAUUAAAGAAAGCUGGUGCUUCUGAUAUUUUAGUAUUUGAUAUUUCAAAUUGUAGAGUUUAACCAUAUAGAUUAUGAUUCUUCCCCCCCUUUAACUACAACAAAUCUUAUAUAUAUAUAAUAGACUUUU